CCCGCUUGGGGUUAAAUAUCACAUUUGCCUAACGAAAACAGCUGCUAUUUGCUUCGCAUUCGUUUAUUUAUUCAUAAGUGUAGUAUAUCCUCCAUUUAAAAUACAUGACUUAUUUACUUUCCAGGUUUUAAUAUCUCGUCCGAAGCGAAACGAUCUCAAGAAGAUAGAUCGAUUUCCGAUUCGGGACAUCAAUAUGAAGAAUCAUGUUGUUGUGAUAUAGCUUAAUGAUCUGUUUUUUUGGUGUCAUCCAACACGGGACAAUUCGAAGAAAUCUUAAGUCUCUUAGCGACUAGAUUUAAAGCUGGAUGUCUGUUCCAAAGUUGCCUUUACUCUUAAAUGGAUGUUCAAGAUCAAGAUCAAGACGGAAUAAGAUAAUCGUUAUUUGCAUAUUUUUGAUUUCUGUAUUUCUUUAUUACAACAGUAAUGCCGGUGAUCUAGUAUCCUUCUUUAUAUUAUCAGAUUCCAAAGCUUUACCAUUAUCUAUACAAUGCAAUCUCGGAAGGCUAGGGAAUCAAAUGUGUACGUACGCCACACUUUAUGGUCUUAGUAAGCUCAAUCGACGUACUUUCAUUCCUCUGUCUUGCAAUUUGAAACAUUUGAAGCCAUAUUUUCAACAGUUAAGUCACAGAGAAUCCAUACAUCAAUAUCUGUACAUCAAGUGGCAAUCUUGGCCAAUACUUUCAUAUUUCCAAGCUCAAGAUGCAGCCAUAUCAUCCCAUUCGAAUUUCAUUAAAGGGUACAAAUAUCCUUGUUCAUACACAUUCUUUGAUCACAUUCAAGAUGAGCUUCGUGAACAAUUCAGAUUCACAGAAGAACUGCGAGAACAUGCGUAUAAAGUAUUACAUACAGCUAACGUCAACCGAACCAAUAACGUGACGUACGUCGGCGUGCAUGUUCGCCGGGGAGACUACCAGAAUCGAUGGCUCAAUGAAUUUGGUGGUGUGGCUGUUAACAUGGAGUUCUUUCAAAAAGCUGCAGAUUAUUUUCGAGACAAAUAUAGUCCAGUGAUUUUCAUUUUAAUUAGCGACGACCGAGAAUGGUGCAUCAAAAAUCUAUCCGAACGAUUCGGAUUUCAUGUCGCCGGAGAGGCAUCGACUCCUGCUCACGAUUUAUCGGUUUUAGCUCAUUGCAAUCAUACUAUAAUGACCUAUGGGACGUUUGGGUUCUGGGGAGCUUACCUUGCUGGUGGAGAAGUUCUCUAUUUUGACAAGUUUCUCAAGCCAAAUACUUCAUUUACAAAUAACAGAUUCAUUUUCAACAAAAUGUACCCUCCUCGUUGGAAAGGAUUAGCUACCGUCAACUCUUCGAUAUUUAAUGACAUUACGUUUCAAGAAUGAAACUUUUCUAGUAUUACCUAAUGUAUUCAAAUUCAGUAUUUAACACUUUCCCCUUGAAUGAAAGAUUCUUUUAUUUUACCGGCUAUCAUAUCAUAUUUCCUAUUAAGUAUUGAAUCUUUCUUGUACUGAAUGUUAUGUCAACGCUACUUUUCAAGUAUUGAAUCUUUCAAUUUAAAUGAGAAUAUCUAAUUCUGCCUCAAAUUUUAUUCUGAUAGCAAUACUGAACUUUCUUAAUUAGUAUUGUGUAUUUACUUCUUUAAUCAUUCAUUUGUAACUGAUUAAGGAACUGAUAAUUGUUGAAUUAAAAUUUCUUUGUAAUGAGCUCAAACUCUCCCGAAUGAAUUUCAGUCGAAAUUUCAAACUCCUGCCAGUAUCGAAAACUCAUAUUGAGCAUUGAGUACUCAUGUUAUUAAUCAAUCAUGUGUACAAACAAACAUAAAGUGACUAUACUCAAAAUAUUUAAGAUUUAUUUAUUGUCAAAAAGACUAAAAAAAUAUCUCAAAAAAUAAAAAGUUUAUCCUAGAAAAUAAAUUUUAGUAAAGGUAUUCUUCCUUUGAAAAAGGCCGUUGGCGACGAUUAAAUUUUUUUCGUCAAUUAAAGCAUUAAACAUAAUAAACAGUCUGUAAUAAUAGCUGUUUAUUAUUUUUGAUAAUCUAAUUAAUCCAGGGAUGUGAGCGCCAUUGCCCGAUUUGCCCUACACUGAUGUUUUUUUUUCUUUUUUCCUUUCUUUUUUUUAAAAGAUUAAGCGCUACUGUUUUGUAUAUUGUUUUGUAUACUGUUUUGCACACUGAUACUUCUAAGGUUAGGUGCCACUGCUCGGUAUACGUUUGCCCGGUAUAUCUUACUCGAUUUUCUUUUAAGGUCAAGUGCCACAGUCCCCGAUAUUACCUAUACUGACCGUUGAGCCGCUGUGGCUCAGGGGAUAGAACGUUCACCUUUUAAUGAGGUGAACUGAAUUCGAAUCCCAGUGAUGACUGUUCGAUACGAAAUCCGCACUGCUGACAUAAAAUAUCCCCAGUGGUAGGCGGAUCACUGGAUAGAGUCCCCUUGUCGUCACGCUAACUGUGGAAGGUUAUCGUGAUUUACCUCCAUGUAACAUAAAGGUGGGUUUGUAGCAUCAAAAAGUCCACCACGAAAGCAAAUUUCUCCCAAUAUUUGAUCUAUUAGUUUCCUUGUCUUCUGGAUUGUGUUCAAAAUUACAAGGCAAAGGAGUCAAACAUUAGUUGUUGUAAAUCCAAAAUUUGAUCGCCUGUUCAACGGCGGUUAUUAAAUAAAAUAUACUGACAGUUAAAUGAAGGGUUGCCUUUUUGGGCCCGAAUUAGCUCACCACGAUUUUUCAAUUUCUUACGGCCCACUUUAACGGAACAGUACUUAUGUAUAUAGUAUAUUACAUAUGUACAUAUGUGAAUAGAAAUUACUCAACAAAUGCAAUCUACCUUGUUAAUCGUGUUAUUUUGUACACUUGAUAAACCAAAAGGGAGAGAGAGAGAUCGUGGUUUAACGCUUAUUAGACAGGGCAGUCUUCCUGAAGAACAUAGUCGAAAAGUUUUCCAUAUUCGAAAUAUUACAUGAUUAGCUUGCAUCUUAAAGAUUUUAAAACUUUCCAUAAAAAUAUAUGCUGGAAAAUAAAUUUAUGAAUGAAAUAUUUUAUGUACGUACAAAUAUAGAGAGAUAUUAUACAAUCUAUGUAAACGACCGUUUUGGUCGAGUUCUUUUGUACUAUAAAAAAGAAUAAGCGUAGCUAUAUACUAUAAUGCUCUCCACAAUUCUCGUAGUGUAGUGGCUAAAGCGAAUCUAAAAUAGAUUGAUUAUAAUCAUAAAAAAUCAAUCUGUUUUAGAUUCGAUUUAGCUAUUUUAAGUCUAUAUGUUAUUAUUAAUAAUAUCAUUUAAUAUAGCAUAAUCAUUACCACAUUGAUUGGUAAAUUAACAUAAUCAUUUAUCAAUCCUCUAUACGUACCUAAUCAUUUACAUUAAAAAAUAUUCCUUAUAACCCUAAAAUGCAAUAC